GUGAUCCGUCGGCUGCCUGCAAAUUCUUUUGUGCUACAUGAUCAGUGAAAGGGGGCCCCAAUCAUGGAGGACAAGCGUAACAUCCAGAUCAUUGAGUGGGAGCACCUGGACAAGAAGAAGUUCUAUGUCUUCGGCGUCUGCAUGACCAUGAUGAUCCGGGUCAGCGUGUACCCCUUCACGCUCAUCCGGACGCGGCUGCAGGUCCAGAAGGGGAAGAGCCUUUACAACGGGACUUUUGACGCCUUUGUCAAGAUCCUGCGGGCGGAAGGAGCGACGGGGCUCUACCGGGGCUUCUUGGUCAACACCUUCACCCUGAUCUCAGGCCAGUGCUACGUGACGACGUACGAGCUGACUCGCAAAUACGUUUCCAGAUAUAACAACAACAAUACCGUCAAGUCUGUGGUGGCCGGUGGCUCGGCUUCCCUGGUGGCCCAGAGCAUCACAGUGCCCAUAGACGUGGUCUCCCAGCACCUGAUGAUGCAACGGAAAGGGGAGACCAUGGGCCGGUUCAAGGUGCAGACCUACGAAGGCAAGCGCUUCCCGGUUUUUGGGCAGACUCGGGACAUAAUUUCGCAGAUCUUCAAGGCUGACGGGCUAAAAGGCUUCUACCGGGGCUACGUGGCCUCUCUCCUCACCUACAUUCCCAAUAGUGCCGCCUGGUGGCCGUUCUACCACUUCUACGCAGAACAGCUUUCUAGCCUCACGCCCACAGACUGCCCACAUCUGCUCCUCCAAGCCAUAUCAGGGCCAAUGGCAGCUGCUACGGCUUCUACCCUCACCAACCCCAUGGACGUCAUCCGGGCUCGUGUGCAGGUGGAAGGCAAAAGCUCCAUCAUCCUCACUUUCAAGCAGCUGAUAGCGGAGGAAGGGCCCUGGGGCCUAAUGAAAGGCCUCUCAGCCCGUAUCAUCUCGGCCACCCCUUCCACCAUUGUAAUUGUGGUGGGGUACGAGACGCUGAAGAAACUGAGCCUCCGUCCGGAGCUGGUGGACUCCAGGCAUUGGUAGCAGAACUGAAGACCAA